CGCGACGAUACGGCUUGUGCGUCACCGAGGGAUGAGACGCAAAAUGGUACCGCGCGCCUUAAGGAUCAGCACGUUCCAAAUGGUAGUUUUCACGGUUCUCGUGGUUCACGGAACCGUCUCGACGGCGUUGCCUUUGGACCCGGAAGACCUGGAGGGUUUGCUGCCACCGACGCCACGCGACAUAAACGAGACCCUGGCCGCCGUGGUGCAAGAUCCCGUCGUUCAGGACGCUGUCCACCAAACCGCCAGCAACGGAUCGUUAAACGGGCUCGUCGUUAAACGGAAAGUUUACAUUAUGCCGGCGAACGAUCCAAACAAGGUGCUCUCGACACGCGAGCACAUUCUGGUGAUCCCGACCGAGAAUCUGGAGGACGUACGACGGAACAUCACGGAAACGAAAGAGGCGGAGGCCGCUGCAGCUGUCGUCGAGACUUCCUCGAUGAACAGCCAGUCAUUCUUCGAAGACGAGGCGGAUGACUAUAUGCCUCAGAGUGACGCAACCCUAAGUUUCCAAGGAAUCGAAAGCAUACCAGGCCAGGCGACGUCAUCUUCCUCGAUAAACGAGAAUCCGAAGAUCGAAAUCAAUUUCCUGGAAAACGCACCGACGCCUGAAACGGAGCCAAAGAAAAUGGCGGUUCCCGUGGUCGCGGUGAUCGAUCCGUCGAACGCCAAGAACGGGAAACUGAACACACCGAUAGUGGCGAUCCUGCCGAAUCAAUUGGACGGGAACGCGUUGAACAAUCAGGUGCAAUUUCUGAAGGAGAACAGCGACAAGAUCCAGACGAGAGCGCAAAACUACGUCGACCGGACCUCGAUCGCCGUUGAUCCCACGUAUUGGAGGCCCUCGACGUCGGAGAUCUCGAUCGUCCCAUCUUCGACGCAGGAAACGAUGCAGAUCACGUUGUUGCCGGACCAAACAGAUGAACUGGUAAACGAAGAAUUGAUCCUUGCGCCUGUCGCUGUACCAAGAUGGGGUUAUGUAGCGCCAUAUUUCACGGAUCCGCCGGAAUACACAAGGAACCUGGCAGACAUGGACGUCGCCGAGGAUAUUAUCUUCAGGCCGUUGUUUAGGUACCGGCAGGAGUCGGAAGAGAGGACCAGAUACCGACAGGAACAGAAUAAUCGGAGAUACGGAUAUCGAUAUCCUAGUUACAAUUAUUACCCUAGACGUGGUUAUUAUUACGGAUCUCGAGACAACGAUUACUGAGAGCCGACGAAUGAAAAAGAUCAUGGAAGAACGAAAAUUUCUGGGCAUAGAGAAUGAUUGUUGUUCCAACA